AUGUCUUUCUACCCGUUUGGCAGUGGUGGCUCGCAACAAACAGUAAACCAACAUAAUGUUGCUUUGGCCGAACAAGAACUGGAAAUGGUUACAGAUACAUUUUAUCGGAUUGUAUCUUCAUGCUAUCAAAAAUGCAUCCCGCCAAAAUACAUUGAUAGCGAAUUGAACAAGGGUGAAUCCGUUUGCAUUGAUCGAUGCGUUUCAAAAUUUUUCGAAGUCAAUCAAAGAAUUGGUGAAUCACUCCAAAAAAAGGGACAACAAGCUGCCGGUGCUACAGGCUUUCAACAAUCACAAUAG